AUGUCCCACUGGCACCUCCCCUUCCUGACCCCAGUCUCAGAAAAAGAUACAGCACAUGCUCAAGGGAAAUACGCGCUCAUAAUUCUGAACCAGCCCUUCUCGUCCUCCCUGCUGUCGCGCGUGUGGGCGGCGGCAAGUUGGAGGUGCUGUGCGGACGGCGGCGCAAACCGGUUGUUUGAUUUGCUGGGAUACCUCCCGGACCUUAUCAAGGGCGACUUGGAUUCUAUACGGAGUGAAGUCAGGGAGUAUUAUGAAUCCCAGGGCGUGUCCGUCGUCGAAGACGAAGACCAAUACUCCACCGACCUCAUGAAAUGCAUAUCCAGCAUCGAAGCGCUCGAACAGUCCUCCGGCAGCGAGGAGCAGCACGCCAUCAUCCUCCUCGGCGGGCUCUCGGGCCGGCUCGACCAGACAGUGCACACCCUGCACCUCCUGCACAAGCUGCGAACGAGGAGGAGGCAGGUGUUCGCCGUGACGGACGAUAAUGUGGGCUGGGUGCUCGAUGCGGGCGAGCACUUCAUUCACAUCAACCACGUCGUCCUGGGCCAGACGUGCGGGCUCCUCCCCGUCGGGAUCGACUCGACCAUACUUUCCACGAAGGGAUUAAAGUGGAACUUGAAAUCUUCCUUCGACGGCCUGGUGUCGACGUCGAACCACCUCGUCCCCGAGGAGGAUGUCGUGUGGGUGCGGACGAGCAGGCCGAUCUGGUGGGUCGCGGAGCUGCGGAAGCUGGGCUGA